ACCAUGCAGCGUCACUCUCCCACGCCAUCCUGGACCCUGCAGCCCACCACACCCGAUACAAUCGAUGAAGUCGUCACAUUCAUGAACCAUGCCCGCCAGGACAUGUUCCCAACGCUCAGCUCGCAGCUGCCAGACGAUGUCGCACGAUGGGUCCAGAGCGGCUACUUCCUCACCGCUCGUAACGAGACGCAACUGAUUGCCACAAUCGGCUAUGUGCCGUACGAUCACCGGUUUCCCCAGCUGGAUUAUCGCACGUUGCGGACGGUCGAGGUCGUGCGGUUGUUCGUGUUGCCUGAACACCGCCGCGGCGGGCUGGCGACUGCGUUGGUUUCGGCGCUGCGGGAACAUGCGAGGGGAGAGGGGGUUGAGUGCUUGUAUUUGCAUACCCACCCUUUCUUACCGGGCGCGAUUGAGUUUUGGGAGAAGCGUGGGUUUCAGAUAGCUGAUGUGGAGGAGGAUCCUGUCUGGCGGACGACGCAUAUGCAGUUGAUGCUUUGAGCCUGCGUUAUAGCGAUUUCUAGGAGGUGGAUUUGAUGUUUGGUAUAUUGUUGAUUUAUCUUGAGGUUGGAGUAUACGGAGUAGGUUACGCAAAGGGUUCUCAACAUUCUUACUUACUUUAUGCAGGUCGUAUUGUAUCCUUCUAGUAUGUGAAUUGGCUGCAAAGUUCUAUUUUGGUCUUGAAGCCCCCAUUUGUAGACUAAUUGGACACCUUAAUCUGAUCU